AUGACGAUGAUGUCGUGGACGUCGCGCCACGCAAGUUGUGUGCGUGCGCGUGUGGCAGCUGCACUGGCAUCGCCGCUGCCGCUUGUGGUGGUAGUGCUGCUCCUGCUGCUGCUGCUGAGCUGCGUCGGCGCCGCGGAUGCUGGCACAAGUGCAGCACUAGCAGCUGGUGUGCAUGAUGUACAGGCCAUCCAGAAGGAGAACGCGUCAUGCAAGCUGUGGGCAAUUCAACAAGCUCCAGGAUCACAGCCGUCGGAUGACUGGGAGGAGUUGCUGCAGAGGGUGGUGGAACAGAUGGACGUGGCUGUCAGCAAGCUUCAGCGUGACCCAACUGCCGCCUGCGACUUGGUGCUCUUCCCUGAAGCUGUGCUGUGGGGCCAGGCCCUCCCUUUUCGCCCGGCCGUCUUCAACCUCAGCACCCCGUUCCAUAAUGGCACAAACCCGUGCACUACCAGCACACAGCAGAAGCAGGUCGGGUUCAACCUGCCGCGACAGUUGUCGUGCCUCGCUCAUCGGCAGCACGUGUACCUGGCUGCAAGCGUCGUUGACCGCGUGCCGUGCAACCAACACAGCGACGCCGCAGCCUGCCCUGACGACGGCGUGUACCUGUACAACACGCUCGUGGUGUUUGCGCCGAGCGGGCAGCUCAUCGCCAAAUACCACAAGGCGCACAUCUUCGGCACUGACUCUGCCAUGAACCAGGCGCCGCCGCAACCCGUCACCUUCUUUGUCCCAGAGAUCAGCACGACCAUCGGCAUUCUGAUUUGCUAUGACAUGGAGUUCCAGCAGCCAAGCCAGGCCGUGCUCAAGGACACCGACAUCAUCCUCGCUGCAUCCGAGUGGAUCAACGACCCGCCCCUCUUCACCGCCGUCAUGUACCAGCAGGCCUGGAGUGAAGCGCACAAUGCGACGCUGGCGGUGGCAAACAGAGCAGACAACGGAUACGUUGCUGGUGGCGGCAUAUAUUCGCGUGGUCUGCGUAUCAACAGCACCGAGAACACAGCACCUUGCCGGGCCGCAGAGGGGCGGCUGGGCUCUGCUGGAUGCACGCUCCAGCCCGUGGCCAUCCCUGUCAGCACGCUGCUGCCCGUCACAACAGCACACGCCGGCGGUGAGACGAAUAAGAUCACUGACACGUGGUUCCCGUUUGACUGCAGCGUGCACGAGGUGCCAGACUUCACGCCACCAGCAGGUGGAGAUGAGACGCGAGUGCGCUCACCCGUGCUGCGGCUCAACCACACCUUUCGCGGCAACGGCACCACGUGUCACAUCACAGGCACCAUCAUCAACAUAACCACGUUUGCGGCUGCGCACGACUCCGCCCACCGUCCACGACCACCAUCAUCGCCAGCGUCAACGCGUUUGAACCAGCGCAACACGAUCCUUGUUACGGCGUUCAGCCAGCACCACGGCGAAGACUUCCCCCAUACCCCAGACACGCUGCACGUGGAGAGCUGCGGCGUGACGCUGUGCAUCCCAUCGGGGACGGAGACCGCCGACAGCGCCCGCAUCCACUGUCAGCGGCAGUGGGCCGGUGGCAACACGGGCAUCAUCUUCGACGCGCGCGAUCCGCUCCGCAUCACACACACACGCACGGCAUGGCCGGGACCCGACCCGAUACCAGAGGCCCUCGUCCUCAUGGCCAACCCAUAUGGGGUACCACCGCCAUCCCUGCGCGACGCUGCUGAUAUUGAGCGUGACAGCGGCAGCGACGACGAAGCCGUUGUCCGCGUCACGACACACACGCGCGACCCCAUGGCCAUGAUCGCUACGUUCCGCACAUGGUGA